UGUCAGUUGAAUUAAUCUGCUUUUCUGUUUUUGUCUUUUUCUCUAAUAUAAUUAAACUAUAUUAAAAAAUUCCUUUGUUAUUAUGUGCAUACCUAAUUAAAUUGUUGAAAUCUUUCAUAAAUAGUGUUAAAAGUAAAUAGUUAAAACUUUGAAAUUGUAAUCAAGCUUCAAUCAUCAUGACUACAACAUCUUUAGGAGAGCAGCUUAAGAAAUUAUCUGCACCGCAAUCGUCUAUUUACGAAGACCAUGACAAGAGAGUGUCACUCCUUUUCAACCCCAAAGAGGCAGCUUCAAAAGAUCGAGAUACAUUUUACGAGAUUGGUAUUAGUGGUCUAAAGGAACUUAUAACUUUAUAUGAAGGUUUUAGAGUUUUUGAAGACACACUGUUUAGUCUGUCAUCUAAAGAUUUUGAAAGAGCAAUGGAAACUAAACAAGUUAACGAGCACUUAGAUCAGACUAUAGAAAAAUUUCUGAUGCAAUUAUCGCCGUAUUUCUUGUUGCAGUCUGCUCACAAAGCAUUAGAAUGGCUCGUAAAUAGAUAUCACAUACAUCAGUAUAAUCAAGAUGCCAUAAUGGCAUUGAUAUUGCCAUACCACAGCUCGAUGAUAUUUGUAAGAUUUGUUCAAAUUAUGAAUAUUAAAUCUACGUCAAAUAGAUGGAAUUGGUUAAGUAGUAUACAAAAAAAAGGUGUACCGUUAGCCAAUCAGAUAUGGUACAAUCAGUGUGUUUCAAAUGCAGCCUCUUUAAAGUUUCUAGUGAACAGUACAUUGAAAUACAUAGCAGAGUUUGGUGAAAGAUCGUCACAUUUGAAUACUGUAUUUGCGUUUCUGUGCCAAACGGCAGUCGGUGUGAUGGAAACAAGUAAAAAAGUAAAUGAAGCAGUUGUGAACGCCCUUUUGCCAGUGAUCGUAAAGGGUAUUGAAUCCUCUAUUGUUGAUUUUAGAGCAGCAGUCCACAUCAUAUUGGGCUUUAUGUUCACCAAAGUGAGUCUGAAAAAGGAGACUCUAAAUGAGAUUGUUGAUAAACUUUUGACUACAGAAUUUGACUUAACAUAUGAUGCCACUAUAUUACUUACUAUGAUGUUUACACACCAGACCCAUAUGACGAUGAUACCUGAAUCAAUAUUAUCUAAUAUAUCAGUUGAAACAAUGAAUACUCUUUGUCAACAUAUUAAGAAUUCUGUUGAGAAGAAGCAGAAUAUUGUACCAUUUUCUUUGGCAUUCCUUUCAAGUGUGCUGCGGGUUGUACAACGUGACAUGGAGGAGUUCAAGAAAUUCUAUCAAUUGCCAGAAAUAUUUUUGGAUGAGGUAAACUUGAGGAAUCAGCAACCGGAGAAGAUUGUAAGAUGUGUACUUAAUGCAUAUCAACCAAGAAAAAACAAACCAGUUGUUGUUGAAAAUGAAAGUGAUGUUGAAAUAAUAGAAGAAGACGAUUUAAAUAUAAAGAUACUUGAGUGGUACUCAUUUUUACUAAAAAGCAUUGAAAGAAAGUAUCCAGAAGCAUUUGAUAAAGUUGUACAAGAAAUUAUGAGUUCAGAAAGCAAAAUUAAUAAGAAACGAAGAGUACAAUUAUCAAAAGUGCUUACAUUUAAACCUGCUGUAGCCCAUGAAAUUGGUGGUUCAUAUUUAUUUGAAAAUCUCAAUCAUGUGAAUCCACAAUUGCGUGUUGAAGCUGUGAAAUACAUUGAGAAAGAGUUUGAAUCACUGAAGAAUGAAAAUAUUGCAUUUGUAAAAGAUUCAAUUGUUAACAGAUUUAAUGAUGACAAUCCAGAAGUUGUAGCUGCAGCAUUAGAAAUCUCUAAUGACUAUAUAAAAGAUAUAUUGAAUGAAGAAGAUGUUGUGAAUGUUUUCAUCAAUAUUAUGUCCAGGGGAUCUCCAGAAUGGAAAUCUAUUAUCAGGAAAGCUGUAUUUAAAUUUUGUUCUUUAGAUUUACUACCUGUUAAACAAGAGACAGUAUUAGCUAUGUUGCCAUAUUUAUUUCCAGAUGAUGUUGAAUCUGCUAAAAUUACAUGGCAGAUUAUAAUUUCAACUUGGGGUAAAAAACUUAAACUUGUACAGAACAUUCAAGGUGUGACUAAAGAAUCCAAAGACAAUUGUAAAGUCCUGAACCAAGUUGUAUUCAAGGCUCUAUUUGAAAAAAAAUCUAUAAAUUUUGAUGAUAUCCUUAAUCAUAAUCAUGUAAAUGUAAAAAACACCCUUGAUGUUUAUAUGUUUUUACUACUAAAAACAUGUUCAUUGAAUAAAACAACAGCUGAAGAAAUGAUAAUAAUGUUAAAUAUGCUCUUAGAAACAGUUGAGAAUAAAGUUAUAAUUUCAAGUACAGAAGAUCAAGUAUUUUCAAGCAAAAUUACAUCUGAAUUUAUUAAACACUGCAGGGAAGAUCGAAUAAUUUUUCAAGUAAUAGAGUACAUUUUUUCAAGCAUAAUUAAAAACAUAAAUGUUAAAGAUAUUACAAAGCCUUGGUGCAAUGUCUGUGAGACACCAGCUAUCAUUCUUAUUAGAAGAUUGUAUGAAAUUUGUAUCACAGGUUGUGGUAUUCCAACUUACGAGCGAAAUUAUGUUAAUCUUUUGAAAGAACUUUUGUCAAAAAUUUGUAAUAAUAGCAGAGAGAAAUUUGAAUUUAUAGCAAAUUUUGCAUGUGGACAUAUUUUGUAUGCUACUGAUCCUAAAGAUGUAGUUGGUCCUGAACUUCAGAUAAGAAGUAUUAAAUUGCUAAAUAAUUUUAUUGCUGCUCAAGAAAAUAUGGAUUGGAUCUAUGACUCUGAUGUAGUCACACUGAUGAUACUUUUUAAUUUAAACAAUCCUCUAGUAGCUAUUAGGAAUUGUACAAUCGAUUUAAUUGAAACUCUUUUAAAAGAUAAUCCAGAUAAUACUUUAAUAUAUGUAAAGCUACUGAUUGAGGUAAUGACUCAUAAAGAAGAGACUUUACUGGAUCAUGAGCAGAUAUCGCAAGUUCUUAAAAUUAUACUGUCUCAGCAAAGUCCCGCUAUGAAAAUAUUUAAAAAGAAAUGCCUGAUUAAAUUUGCAAAUAUUUUGAUUGGUGAAACUCCAGCACAUAUAAAGGCAAAUUUACUGAAAUUACUUAGCAGUCUUGAUGAUGCAAGUACUUUCUCUUACAUUGUUCCAUCCUUAAAGAUUUUAGAGAAUGUUUUACCAAGUGAAAAAAUGGACACAAAACUAAGAUUCAACAUUUAUGAAUCUAAUUUGUUUAAAAGUGUUUACAAUAAUAUUAAUGAAUCUACAGUUUCAACAUUUAGUAAAAAAGAUGUAUGGAAUUAUAUUGAGCUUGGUUUAAAAGAAUAUAGAGAAUGUGUCCUAUUAGAAGAACAGACAUAUACAAGUCCAUGUGUGUUAAUCCUGAAACAAAUUGAUGAAAAUGUUUUCAAAAAGAUUCCUAAUGAGAAAGUACAGGAUAUAAUUUAUAUGAUCACAUCAGCUGGUGCAUUUAGCAACAAUCCAACAAUCGCGAGUGUGGCAUCAAGAGUUAUGAAGAAAGUUCACUUACAGUUUGCUGACUUUAAGCAUAUUUUAGAAGGAAUGUUAAGUGUUGAAGAUCCAGCAGCUAAUAUGCCUAAGAAGAAGAAAUCAUCAGUAUCUAUGCUUUCAUACCAAUUGACUGAGACUGAUGAAUGGCGAUUGGGGGUUACCUUCCUGGAAUAUGUGCAGAGCAAGAAAAAAAUGACAGUUGAUAAUUCAUUUGUUAACAUUCUAUUCCAAAUUCUUAACAAAUGUUUAAGAUUUGAAGAACAAUCUUAUGUUGAAUAUACAAAACAGCUUAUCCUGUCUUCACUCUGGUAUUACUGUACUAAAUUUGUUGAUGACAAAGACGAGGACGAAAUGAAGUCUCUGAAAUCCAUUUUCAAAGUGGAAUUAAUAGUGAUGUGUAUAAGAGGAACUCAAAAUCCGCAAACUCACCAUCACGCCUUGAUUCUCCUGUCUCAUGCUGCGUACAUAUUACCCGAUCAAGUGCUACAUCAUACUAUGGAAAUAUUUACAUUUAUGGGAUCGUCAGUACUUAGACACGAUGACGCAUACAGUUUUCAAAUUAUUGUUAAAAUAAUCGAAAAUCUAAUACCUAUAUUGGUUAAAUUGGACAAAAAAAUUGAAGAACACACAGAAAAGGAACUCCAGCAAUUGCAAGAUCGGGUUGUACCAGUAUUGCGUAUAUUCGCAGAUGUUGUAUUACAUGUACCUGAACAUAGAAGGUUGCCUCUAUAUACAAAGCUUUUGGAAACAGUAGGUGCUAGUAAUUUCCUCUGGGUAUUCUUGGCAUUACUACUGGAGACUCAUGUUGCUCAUUUUAAUGAUGAAAAGAAAAAAGACAGAAACCAAAAUAGGUUAUUGGCCAAUCAGGAGGCACCUGCAAACAGGCUUGACUUUGGUCAAAACGUUUUAUUAGAAUUUCCUCCAGAAAUUUGUUUGGAAAAUUUCUUGAAACUUAUAGUAUAUCUUAAAUCUUUACCACUUCAGAAAGAUGAAAAUUCAAUGGACACGGAUGUAGAUCCUACUGAUAUAUUUAGCGUGAAUGGCCAUACUCCAGUCCAAUUACGUCAAUAUAAAUACGUAAUAAUUACUUUUAUGAAUAAUUGUUUGUCAUCCUCAAGAUUUAUUGACCACUGUGGAGCAGCCAGUUCUUACGAAAUCAUGGAAUCUCACUAUAAAGGGUUUAUAGUAAAUGUGCUCACCUUUAUUCAAAGCAUUUCUAAACUUGGUGAUGAGAAAACAGCAAAAUACUGGCGGGUGAUGCUGCAUCAUAGUUAUGAUCUCUUAGAUCACGCUAAUAGUUUGCUGUCCCCUCCUAUGUUCCUAUCUGUGACUAGAGGAUUACUUAAACACACGUUACAGGCGGUUCGAAGGAAAGCCAUGGAAUUACUUAAUUCUAAAAUCCAAUUUAACCCUGAAAUGUUCGAAAAUGUCAACAGGAAUUUGCUGUACUCUUUGUUGCCUGCACUGUUGGAUAUAGUUAAGACUAUUGAAUCCAAAGACGAAACUUUAAAUGAGGUUGCAGCUCAAGAAUUAGAGCUCAAUCAGCAGACGGCAUUGUUGUCAUUGAAACUUCUUACAAGAUUGCUAGCAUCGAAAAACCCUGAACCAUUCAAACCUGUCCUGGAAAUUGUCACCGAGUACACUUGUAAUUCUAGCAUAUCAGGAAACGUAAUGGCGUCCAUCGUUUUAUGCUUGGCUGAACUUUGCAGUAACCUAAAAGCACAUGUCUUAGUUGGUCUCCGCAAGUUUAUGCCCGCCCUCCUUAAAGUGUUAAAGAAGCAACGUAAAGCAGAGACCCCAGAAUUGGUUCUCCUCAGUACGAUAACCGCAAUAACAAAAAUAUUAGAGAGUUUGCCACUAUUCCUUAGUCCGUAUAUGCAGAAAAUUUUAUAUGAAUACUCUAUUUUGUCUGCCAAGUGGCAAGCCCAUGAUCAAGAGUGUAAUAAAGUGUCCGCUAUUGUAACUAAGUUGGCAACUAUAAAGAAGAAGAUUGCUGCUUCUAUACCUCCAAGAGUUUUAAUACCAGUCACGAAUGAGACGCAUCAGUUGCUUCUGGGAAAAGAAAAUUAUGACGCAAUUGGACCCUUGAUGUCUGUACUGGCCGAGAGCUUCUCCAAUGUGACGACUGCUGAUUUCACAGCUCUACAACAGGAUCUGACAACAUUCUUCUUAUCAGCAUUGCAGUUGAGAAGUGACGCCGUGAAAAAAGAGAUAGAUGACGCCAUUAUAAAUAGUGCAGAGGAUGAAGUGAUCAAUGCAUUAGUUCGAUUAGUACUCAAACUAUCUGAGACCAGCUUCAGACCUUUCUAUUUUAAAAUCUACGACUGGGCUAUAAGGUCUAAUGUUGAAGGACAUAAAGAUCGAGUUAUCACUUUUUAUAGAUUAAGCGCUGCCAUCGCAAACCAACUGAAGGGUCUGUUUGUACUAUUCGCCGGCCACUUCAUGAAAAAUGCCGCGGAACUGCUCGAUUCCUGCAACAACAGCAAAACAGAAGAUUUAUACUUCGAUUCUGAAGACAAAUGCGUUGUGCUCGUUAGAUGUAUAGUGAAGACAUUACACAUGGUGUUCUUAUACGACAGCCAGAAUUUCCUCAAUAAAGAACGAUUCGAAACCCUCAUGCAACCGGUUGUCGAUCAGCUCGAGAACACCGUUUGUGGAAUAUCGAACCUUAAACAGAGAGCAGAAGAGUGCUUAAUACCGUGUAUAUCGCAGUUUGCUGUCGCGACAGCGGAUGAUUCGCUUUGGAAAUUAUUAAAUUAUCAGAUUCUAUUGAAAACUAGACACAACGAUGCGGAGAUAAGGCUAGUCGCUUUGGACUGUCUCGUCGCUAUGGCAACGCAGCUGGGUAGCAGUUGGCUGCCAUUGCUAGCUGAGAGCGUUCCGUUCCUGGCAGAGCUUCUGGAAGAUGGCGACUCCAGAAUAGAAUCGUCUACAAAGGACGCCAUACGCAAGCUGGAACAGAUUCUAGGCGAACCGCUAGAGAAAUAUUUUUAAACUGUUAGAAACUUAUUAAACGUUUUUGUUGUAAUAUAUAUAAACAAUUUUAAUACAUA